GUAAUAACUGUAACUCAGCUGGGAUUCGCUUCCGACGUGACGUGUCACUGUAAUCCACGCAGUUGGCUCCUCGGUGGGUUCGCGCACCGCAGCACUAAUCUCUCUCGCUCCUAUUCAGCGCCGAGCGACUCGCGACGCGGAGAAGCUCUCCACAUCCAUCCCGGCGGCGCACGCUCCCCGCACGCAGCGGCGGAACCCCGGCGGCCACAAACUAAAAACGCGUCACUUUGAAGGGACUUUUCACGCAGGUGGGCGGCUUGUUCUCCACCGCUUUUCACAAGUCGUGUUGAAGAACGUUUUUUUUGUUGUUGUUUGUUUGUUGUGGUCUCGUUGCGUGUUUAACCGUCCGCGGUGUCACGCGUCGGGCAUGUGGUGGAUGCUGUUUCCCCGAUGGAUUUGGUUUCUCCUGGGACCCUCUUACACCGUUCUCAUUUACACGGGCUGCGGCCGCGUGAGAGCCAUGCCGAUGCCCAUGUCCGUGGCCAAAGUGGUGUACUCUCACGCGGGGCUGUGCCCGAACGACCUGAACCCCAACCUGUGGGUGGAUGCUAUGAGCACCUGCAUGCGCGAGUGUGAAUCCGACCAGGACUGUGAGACAUUUGAGAAGUGCUGCCGCAAUGUGUGUGGCAACAAGAGCUGCGUGGCGUCGCGCUACAUAGACGUCAAGGGCAACAAGGGCCCGAUAGGAAUGCCGCAGGGCGCCACCUGCGACAAGUUCAUGUGCUCUCAGCAGGGGUCCGAGUGUGACAUCUGGGACGGCCAGCCCGUUUGUAAGUGCCGGGACCGCUGUGAGAGAGAACCCCACUUCACGUGUGCGUCUGACGGCAUGACGUACUAUAACAAGUGCUACAUGGAUGCAGAGGCCUGUUCCAAGGGUAUCUCUAUCUCUGAGGUCACCUGCAGGUACCAUCUGACCUGGCCAAACACCAGUCCCGUCCCAGCAGAGACCACCUUACGCCCCACCACCGCCCUGCAGACCACCCUCCCCGCUGACAUCCAGCUGCCCACCAUACACGGCGGCCUCACCCAGCAGGCGGUUUUUGUGGGCGAGACGGCCAGCUUUCUGUGCGAAGUGUCUGGAAAGCCGCAUCCGCAGAUCACGUGGGAGAAACAACUGAAGGGCAAAGAGAACACCAUAAUGAGGCCCAAUCACGUCGAGGGGAACGUCGUGGUCACCAACGUCGGCCAGCUUGUCAUAUACAACGCGCAACUUCAGGACGCCGGCAUUUACACCUGCACGGCCAAAAAUGUCGGGGGGAGCGUGUCGUCCCACUUUCCCUUGGUGGUGAUCGGGAAGGAGGCCAAAGGUAGGAAUGCGGAGGGAAACGACACCCACCUGCCGUUUCCAGCCGAGGAGUGUCUCAAGAGCCCGGACACAGACGACUGUGGAGAGGAGAGCAUGACCUGGUACUACGAACCAAAGAGGAACAACUGCUUCACCUUCACCUACAGUCAGUGCAACAAAAACCGCAACCACUUCGACGCGUACGAAACCUGCAUGCUGUCGUGUGGGGGGGAGCUGGCGGCUCCCUGCAGCCUGCCGAGCCUCCAGGGGCCCUGCAAGGCCUACGAGCCUCGCUGGGCUUACAGCAACAGCCUCAAAAAGUGCCAGUCCUUCGUGUACGGAGGCUGCGGUGGCAACGAGAACAGCUUCGAGUCCAAAGAGGCCUGCGAAGAGAUGUGCCCGUAUCCGAAGAACCGCAAGUGCAAGACGUGCAAACCCCGAGCCAAGAUGGUCAGCAGCUUCUGCAGGAGCGACUUUGUGAUCCUGGGACGUGUGACCGAGCUGACGGAGGAGCAGGAGUCGGGCCACGCGCUGGUAACGGUGGAGGAGAUCUUGAGGGAUGAGAAGAUGGGUCUGAGAUUCUUUGGCAAAGAGCCUUUGGAGGUGACUCUGCUGAACAUGGACUGGAACUGCCCCUGCCCCAACAUCACCACGACCGACGGGCAGCUCAUCAUCAUGGGGGACGUCCAGAACGGGAUGGCCGUCCUGCAGCCCGACAGCUUCGUGGGAUCCUCCAGCGUUCGGAGGGUCAGGAAGCUCCGAGAGGUCAUCCACAAGAAAACAUGUGACUUCCUGAAGGAUUUCGCUGUCGUUCAGUAGAGUGCAUUUAGGUUUGACACUCGCUGGAGGCCGGAUGUGUUUUCUGAUCAUUUUUAAGCUCCAGUGAACUCGACAGUCGGACUGACUGACUGACUGUAAACGUAAAAGGAGUAACUUAUCUGUAACGUUGGAAAUGUUGUUGCCUGUUUGAGACGUUUCAUUUUCUUUUCUUUGUGUCUUUCUGUAGAUCUCAGAGAGUCAUUCCUCGUAGCUUCACCGCUGUCACUGAUCUUUAUCGUCAGCUCCUUUUCAUUCAGGAUUUCCUUACGGAUGCUGUUUAAAAAAUCUCCUAAAAGCGUUUUUUUUAAAUGUUCUUAAGCUUCGUCAGUUUUGAUGUUCGUACCGAGAGCGCUGUCGGAAAAAGGCAGGUGGAGUAGAAUUAGUCAAGUAUUUACCCUCUAAAAAUCCUCUUUACUAAAACAGCGUUCUAGAUUUCCUCUCCAAAUUUGAUCUUUUUUACACUAAUACUAAUAAUUUAAGGGUAUGUUUUAAUAUUACUGGUACGUCUGCUUAAUGUUUUUUUGUGGGUCGUCCCAACACUGUAACAUCUGUCAGGAACACGCGAGCUCACGAUUAUGCAGAGCGAAGCAUCCGUCUAUUUACCAGAAUCAGAUAAGCUCUUUGGUUUCAUAUUUUGUGGAAUCUCUUUUGAUAAGACUUCAGUACGUAUGUGGACUUCUGUACCAUGUAUUUAUUUUUGAUUUAUUUCUCAUAUUUGUAUAUAUCUAUGGAUAUAUAGACUGAUUUCGUUUAAUGUUAUCUAUGAUAUACAAGUGUCCAUUAAAACGUGCAUGGAAUAUGAUGGCAAAAAGAAUAAAGAUGAUUUAAAAAUA